AUUGACUUCUGUGGUACAUGCAGGGUUACUGGUGCGACACAAAAUGAUAUCACAUGCACUGAGCCGUCACACCUUAGGAUCACUAAAGUAACACAGGAUGAUGUCUCAUGCACUGAGCCGCCACACCUCAGGUAUGCUACUCGUAAUCUCGAAAAUCAUAGAAACUUAAACACAAUUUUUUUGCCCACAGGAGAAGAAGAUUCAGAGGAUGAUGAAGAAUGCUCCAUUGAGAUGAUUCAACAGCAACUGAAUGAUCUUCUAAAGCAAUGUCAUGAGGUUGGUGAUGAAAACAAGCGUUUGAAGGAGAAAGUAAAGGAACUGGAAGAGGAGAAUGAAGCAGUUAAAGUCAACCUGAAGGCCAAAAUCGAUGAGCUUGAAUUGGAAAAUGAGACAAGGCAGAUCAAGAAAAAUCCUCCUCCAAUGAGAAAUGCUGAACCCUGCCUCAACCUGAAGUGUGACAACUCUCCUGUCGCAACAACGUUAGAGGCAUCAGUUAGUAAGUUAAAUCGCACUACGAUUCUUCCUUCAAACAGGUUAGAUGAAAUUUUAAAUGCUCAUCCCUCAAAUCCUGAUAAACUUGGUCUUGGCUAUAUUGGGAGUAAGUUCGAUGGUAAACCUAAUCCAAAUCGAAAAAUUAAUUUUGUGAAUAAUACUGUCAAACCUACUCCACAACAUGUUGCCUCACAGUCUUAUACAAAAAAGUUUGUGCCAACUUGUCAUUUCUGUCACAAAGUAGGACAUGUUAGGCCAAAAUGCUUUAAAAGAUGGAAAUUGAUAAAUAAGAGUUUAGCAUAUCAAUCACGCGGAGUGGAGCUGCUAGAGAGAGACGCGGAGUUUGAGUUGUGUACAAGAACGAGAAGAUUCGUAGCACAUUUGUGGGAUGAACGUGAUCAAAUAGAUGAUGUUGAAGAUGAUGAUGGUCAUGUUGAUGAUAAUAAUGAUGAAUGA